AUGAACGAACUCGCUGCCAUCCAAUCCGCUUCCGUCUACAACCAGGUUUAUCCCGUGCAAAAGCCCGAUUGGUCGCGCGACGUGACCGAAGAGUCAAAGAAAGCCUACGUCUUUGUACUUCUCACCUCUUCAUCAGGUACAAACGUCGAGUCCCGCCUGUUGAUUGAAAUCUGGCGCGAGUUGGCCACAAAGUUCGGCGACAUCAAGUUUUGUCAGAUCCAGGCAAACCUCUGUAUCGAAGGUUACCCAGACAAGAACACUCCAACAGUCUUGGUAUACAAGGAUGGCGAUAUCAAGCGCCAAUUAGUCACUCUGCGAGACUUGAAGGGCGAUCGAACAACCAUUCGCGACCUGGAAGAUCUGCUUCGUUCUCUAGGCGCCGUUGACCCUAACGACUCCAGACUGCAACCCCGUCAACAUGAUGAAUCAGCACAAACCUCUCUUCGUAGUACCGGCCAAGGCGCUGGUCUUGGUAACGAUGAUAGUGACAGCGAUUGGGACUAG